AUGUGUCUCCUGCCCAGCCUUCCACUAUGGUUAACAAUCGGAUCCUCAUUUUGGGGGGGGGGGGGGGGCGUGUCAGGCUUGACCACAGCCACGGCUCUGUCAAAACUCGCGCCAGCGCAUGUUACACCUAAAAUCGAUAUCUGCGAGAUCCGGCCACACCCUGGUACCGUGGGCGGUGCCAUCAACUUGACACCAAAUGCGCUCCGACUGCUCGACUAUCUGGGCGUAUACCAGAAAAUACGCGAUCGCCGCUACGGCAUCACAGUCAACGCUGUCGAAGUGUUUUCCAUACACCAUCGCAACAAAUUGGCCGAGUCGUCAUUUCGAGGUCCGAAUGACGAAGGUAUUGGCAGUCCACCUUAUAAGGCAAUCCGCAUAACACGAGCCAAUCUCAUGCAUGCCCUCAUCGCUACCCUUUCAACGUACCCCGCUAUCAUACUUCAUCUCGACCACCGGUGUCUAUCGAUCGAACAGUCUCCACUAUCAGAUGGCAUCACCGCUACAUUUAGCAACUCUUCAACUUACACAGGCUCACUGCCUCUUGGCUGCGAUGGAGUCCACUCCUUCACUCGGAAUAGUCAUGUCGACCCAGACCGCAAGCAGCUAUACACUGGGGUGUCGAACGCCUUCGGAUUUCUACCACUCACAGAUGAAGACAGAACCGCAGCUCAUUUCGAAGUAUCGGCACUCAAUUUUGCACCUAAAGGCUUGCUGCUGACCAGCUAUCACGAAGAGACAAGGAGUGAAGGUUAUGUGGGCGCGAUCAUCACCAUGGAGGACGUCGGCAGUAGAGACGGAUGGAAAGCAAAAGGCGAAGAUGCGCAAGGCGUGAAGCAAGACAUGCUUGAGCGGUUUGCUGGAAUGAACACCCGGUUACCCAUUGUCAGUGACUGGCUGUCAAGGGUGGAAGGGUGGUUCAUGUGGCCGGUCUACAUGGUGGAGAAUGGCGGAGCAGGACGCUGGAGCCGUGGACGAGCAAUGCUGCUUGGUGAUGCAGCACACGCCAUGCCGCCUCAGGGCGAGAGCACUGGAAUAGUUAUUGAGCAUGGUGUUCUGUUUGCUCGGUGCCUUUGGGCAAAAUUGGCCGGCCGUGAUACAGGCGUUUCGUGGGACCCCAGCAAGGUGACGAAGGCAUUCGAGGCAUAUGAAACGCUCCGUCGACCAAGGAUCGAGGCAGCAUGCAAGGAGAGCAUGGCUGUUUUUCACAGCGUAAAGGAGAUGGGUAGAUUCGGGUUCUGGCUGAAGACUUGCAUUAUCCCGAUCUUCCUGCAUCUCACUCGCGGCAAGCGCCAAAAGCACUUCGAGGAAGACGUAACAAGGAGCUACCUUGGCUUUGACGGUGUCCAUGCUGAACCUGAGCAUGCGCAUAGCACUGUCUUGUUGUAUUCUUCGGGUCCAUGGUGGACACAAGAUUCGUGGAAUCCGGCGGAUGUGGCAAAGCUCUGGCAAGCAUGGGCCGCAACGACGUUGUCCAGACUGUGGUACAGAAUCUGGCGAUCGCGGUCUUGGACAACCAAAGCAGAAUGA